AAAUUUAUUUUGAAUUUUAAACGAAACAUAUCAACACUUUAGUGAUGCCAACUUAUAUUUGACAUUACUCCUUUAGGGUAUGUUCAGAGCAAUAUUUCCUUUUCUCACAUGUUGAACAUAAUCGCGAAAUGACAGAUUUCUAAACUAACAAAUGAAGCGGUGGAUAUAAGUUUACUAUUGCUCCGUUUAAUAAAAAUAUAAGUUGUUAGAAAAAUGCCUAACUCAAUAAAACCAAAUAUAUUAGUAACUGGUACCCCAGGCGCCGGUAAGUCUUACAUAUGUGCACAUCUUGCGGAUGAAUUGCAGCUUAAUUGGUUGGAUUGCUCAAAAAUUGCUAAAGAAAAAAAUUUCGUUGAAGAAUAUGAUAAGGAAUAUGAUUGUCCCAUACUAGAUGAAGAUAAGCUGCUAGAUUAUAUGGAACCCAUUAUACAGCAAGGUGGCAAUAUAGUUGAAUAUCAUGGCUGCGACUUUUUUCCACAACGGUGGUUUGAUGCAGUAUUUGUUGUUGUUUGCGGCAAUUCUGUACUAUAUGACCGCUUGAAAGAACGUGGUUAUAAUGAAAAGAAAUUGAAAUCCAAUAUUGAAUGUGAAAUAUUUGGUACGAUUUUGGAAGAGGCCCGUGAAUCAUAUGAUGUCGAAAUAGUGUUUCAAUUAUUAAGCGAUACUGUGGAAAGUGGUAAAGAUAGCGUUGAAGUUGUGAAGAAAUGGUUUGAAGGAAAUAAAAGUAAAAAAACAUAAAA